AUGGCAGGACCCAAGUCUUCCUAUGCCUGGGACUGCAGAGAUAAGGAUCUUUACACAAAAGAGUUAAACCCAUGGGCUCGAAAGCGCUCACGAACUGUGACUGUGGGAGGAGGCACCGUCAUAGGAGUUGACAUCUGCCACAAGGACCAAAAGUUUCGGUGCAAAGAGUCCAAGAGCCAGGACAUCUACCUGAGGCUGCUGGUCAAGCUGUACAGGUUUCUGGUUCUGAGAACCAACUCCACAUUCAACUAGGUUGUGCUGAAGAGAUUGUUUAUGGAUCACAGCAACCUGCCACUUUUGUCCCAUUCCCAGAUGAUCUGGAAGAUGAAACCUUCCUGGCCAGGAAAACAAGAUGGCAGUGGUGGAGGGACCUUAACAGAUGACGUGUGGGUUCAAGAGGUGCCCAAACUGAAGGUAUGUGCACUGCGUGUGAGCAGCUGGGCCCGCAGCCACAUCCUCCAGGCAGGGCGCAAGAUCCUCACCUUCGACCAGCUGACCCCGGACUCCCCCAAGGGCCAUGGCACCAUCCUGCUCUCUAGUCCUCAGAAGGUCCAGGAUGUAUAUAGGCAUUUUGGGAAGGUCCCAGGAACCCUGCACAGCCACACCAAACCCUACGUCCACUCCAAGAGCCAGAAGUUCAGGCAUGCAGAAGUUGAAAACGCAGUGGAGCGGGCCUGUGGGCUUUCUCCCCGAGAGGCUCAGAGGAAAGGCAUGCAGUGUGUGUUGGAUGGAAGCUCAGGCCGCACCGAGGAGGGGGUCUCCUUUAACUGA